GCUUUGGUAUGGUCCUUUCCUUUGAUUGGUAUGGUCACACUGCCACCAUCUUUCUUUUCCUCCUGUCAAAUUGUGACUCGCGUGGAGUUUUACUUCGCAAUCCAAAAUGCAGAACGACGCCGGUGAAUUCGUUGACCUGUACUGCCCCAGGAAAUGCUCUGCGAGCAACCGCCUGAUCCACGCUAAGGACCACGCGUCCGUGCAGCUGGUGAUCGCGGACGUGGACCCCGCCACGGGCCGCGCCGCCGACUCCUCCAAGAUGUAUGUGGUCUGCGGAGCCAUCAGACGCAUGGGAGAGUCUGACGACUGCAUUGUCCGGCUCACCAAGAAGGAUGGUAUAUUAGCAAAGAACUACUGAGUAGUCAUGUAAGGAGAUAACUUUAUAAAAAACCAAUAAAAAAACUAUAAAAGUUAAA